UCGCAUAAAGCCUGCCUAUUCACGGGUAGCAGCAAACAGUCUGCAUUCACCCGAUGCGCAGUACACGAGAAAAAGUGUCAGCUAGAGUUAGUUCUGCUUUGUGUCCAGCAUGAAGACAACCUACAUCUUUCAGCUGCUGAUCCUGGCGGGAUUUAUCCACCUCAGUGUCCAGUGGAGCGGUAGUGUAUGUUCACGAAGAAUCUGCGAGUACAGGUUGGAGUAUCGGUGUGCGUACAGAACAUGGAGAGCAUGCUGCUAUUAUAAGCGGUACAAAGUGCCGGACUGUCGGACUGUCUAUUUCUGCUGCCCUGGAUGGCGAGUUUCCACCAAUGAGAAAUGUGACGUGGCAAUCUGCAACCCCCCAUGCUUGAACGGAGGUAGUUGUGUAACCCCCAACAGGUGUCAGUGUGGUGAUGGUGCUGUGGGACCAACGUGUAACUCGUUGGUGUGCAACUAUCAGCGGCCCUGUUUCCCCGGGACAUGCACCUCUCUCGGCAGCAACAACGUCAACUGUGACUGUUCAUCAGGCUUCCGGUCUCCGCCAAGUGGCCCUGGCGAUUAUUGUAGAGAAUUGGAGUCAGAUCAACGACCAGUUAUCUUUGAGGUGCAAGCAAGAUUUGGAUUUUGGAUGAGAGGAACAGGAAGAACGCCCAUGGAAAAGUAUUCAUUGUAUGUGGACUCGACAAACUCCACCGAUAUUGACUUCGUGUGGACAAACAGGAAAAUGUUCAACCAGUUGAACAUCAAUGCAUCAGCUCAGUAUAUGGCUGAAAACAUCACUGCGUCGCCAUUCUUUGUCAAGGAUUACGGACUUGGCAUUGCUCGUGCUGAAGCUCGUCUGUAUCAUGAGAAAAUACCUUACACAGGGUCGUAUUUUACAACGGCACAAGUCAGCCUUGACCAGACUAUACCCUGUGAACCUGCAGUCUCGAGUGGACAACCAACUGAUGAAUCCUACAUCUGUGAUAUUGACAAACCCAAUUAUGACCGAUCUCUCGAAAAUGGCGACAAGUUGACCAUUACAUUCAAAGUGUGGAGUGGAGGUUACCGACAACUGAGGGAGUUUACUGGAAAUCAGUUCGUUGAUCGACAGUUUCAAAACUUUAUAGGACAAAAUUCGGAGAAAACCAUGGCUUACCGUUUUGACUUCCUGACACCAACUCACACAUGUCUCGAAAUAGGAUCGAGGUGUACUUCCGUCUUUUCAUUGGAUGAUGAUAUCACAAAGGGUUCUGUCAUUCUCCGCUGGUCCAACUGGACUGACGUACCGUCAGGCAUGCAUCGCUACGCCUGGGAGGUUUUCCGGCUACAGGUGGAUGAGAAUCAGGUGCUGAAGGAGUUUGAACCCUUGAUGCCCAUACAUGGUCCUAUUGAAGUCAAUCAGUCAUCAUCUGCCUCAAACUCCUUCCAGGCCACCUACAGGCCUUCACAGUCUGGAGUUUACUCCUUCAUCCUGGAGGCCUCAGACAAGGCCAAUAACUCUAUCUUUGUAAGAAGGAUCGCCAUAUACGACCCUGUUUCUAGUGUUACUAUAGAUGAAGGGGCAGAUAACCGACUUUACAUAUCAUCCGCUGAUCCUAGAGGGGGAUACAACUGGCAAGACGAUCCUUCUAGACCCGUCACGGUCACAUGGACCAACCACUUUGUCAACCUGAGGCAUGAGGAGGGCAAGUGGUUAAAUGAAGUCCUUGCCUACCCCCCACAGCUCGAGGACUUCUUGAAAGACAUCCCUAAAGACUCCGGACAGGAUGACCACGAAGGACAGAGGACAGUAGACGCAAUACCAAACAGGAGAGGUGUUGUCAAGUUUGAGGUUGUUGUUAGGAAGGACAGUAAUGGUGGCAAGAAUCAGCAGGAACCAACCUCAGGCUGGGUGGAUGUCGGACUCAAUGAAACAUACAUUAUACCUGCAGGUUCACACGGAGCUCCAUUGACGAACAGAGACACAGUGACAGUUUGGGUGAGAGCUACAGAUGUCCUAGGUAACACCCGGGUAAAUUUUACCAGGGUUCACUUUGAUGAUACACCACCUGAAGUCGAGCAGCCUGUGUUCCGGAGGAACAUCCAGACCAACAAUGUUCCAUUUAGUUCCACUGUUGAAGUCAAUGUUCGGGAUAUGCAGAGUGGUCUGAAACGUGUGAACCUUUUCGUCAGGAAAGUGAGCAACAAUCUAAUGAUUGUUAAUGAAACUUUGCCUCUCAGAACCAUUGAUGCGUGUGACAGCUUUUCAACGUGUUACUGUACCACCGUCAAUCCAGUCUGCUUCAACAAGACACAGUUUCUGCCCAUCAGCAACUGCUGGUUAAAACACCCAAUGUUGGAAUCACAGACGGUGACAAUGGACAUGGAUUUUGUGAACAUGGCGGGCAUCCAUACAACAAAGAGCUUCACUGUGGAUAAACUAGAUACACUGAAUGGAACACAAGGAUCGCUAGCACCUGUAGACGUGACUGUCACAAAGACAGAAACGAACUUAGUGACGCUGACGUGGAAACACUCCCCUAGUUGUUACAGCCGGACAGAGAUGUGGAUCAACUACGAGGUGAAUGGACAGACGGUGACGACCCUAAUGCACAAGACAGCCACCUCCCACACUCUGGUCGGCCUCCAGCCAGACACAACCUACACCAUCGUGGUCAUCUCCCAGUAUGGGGAGUUCAAGAGCAGGGCUGUCCCGGUGACCGCCACAACAGGUAAUAGUUUUAGUGUUCGUGAAGCUUUCGAAGAAUAAACGCAAUGCAUCAGCCACCUCUGUGGUCUUCCAGUCAGGAACAGUCACUACUUUUGAACUCAUCUCUUACAACGGGAAGGUCUUUUCGUUCUGUAAUGUUAAGAACCCAAUAUUCUGUUCUUCUGCAUUGCUAACCGUGAUUUUAAGUAAAGAUACAUGAAUAAACGUAAUUAAUUAAUACAUUUGUGUUUACUGCAUAUGUGUCUAGCUGCUCACAUAUGGAGUUAAAGGUUUAGAAGUUCUAAAACUUUUAACCCAAGUUAAACAAAUUGUUAUAUUUUGAUAAUGGUAUCAUAGUUUACCGCUGCAUGCGAUUGUUUGUGCAUAUAUAUUGUCAGACUACCUGUUACAUAUGUUUGUGUGAUCGGUGCGUUUGAUGGUCUGUAGAGCAUGUGUGUCGCUGUGGUUAAAAGUGAGUGUUUGGUCUGUGAGAUAUCAGCUUUCAGCUUGGGACACCUUACACUAUCCAAAGUGUCAACAUGCAGCUGUGACGUUUACGACAGUUAACAAUUCUAUUUAUUGUAAAGUAUUACUUACAUACGAAUAAACUAAAAUCCCUCUUAAUUCAGUCUUUUGAUAAUUAAUUCAUAUUGUGUAAAUAUUUGUAACCAAAUGAUGCCAUAUCUGUUAUUUCUAUUUUCAGCAUAUGGAUAUACAGAUGAUUUCUUCACAACAUAGUUACUCUAUGAAGGUGUUGAGGAAUCAAAACAUGUAUCUAUCAAACGCACUUAUGAACUGGAAUAUCACUUCUUCUAAAUGGAAUAUUGUUCCCAAUAACAAGAAGGAUGUAGUACUUUUAAUUUUUAACUACAUUACCCUGUAUCUCUAAUGCGAUUUUAUUAUGUUAUUAAUGUUUUAUUGGUAAUCGAUGUUCAAAAUGGUAGAAAUAGAUUGAUAAAAUAGUAAGAUGUAUUUGAAAACCCUCUAUACAUUCACGCUAUACCAUAUCAUCGCAGAGAACCGAGCAUUGGUCCAAAGCUGUGUUUCAUAAUUUGCAUCCAUCACUGACAUAUUUCAGGUUAAUUCCAUGUUUCCAGUCAACGUGAUAGGUGUCAUUCUUAACACCAUGGGUUUGAUUUCACUGGUCCAGAUCUUUCAGAGGGGAUAUCAACUAUGUGACAUGUCGGUGGUGGAUAGCCGGAUGGGUGAUGGGUGCCAGGCAAUUAUAUGAACGCUAAGCUGGUCGUCAACCUGGUGAACAAAUCUUGUUAAACAUUUUAAUUUUUGAACUCUCAGUACAACAAAGAAACUAUGAUUAGCUCUCGUCUGCCCUCUUCAUGUCCAUAUUUGCUGGCUGCCGAACAAUUUACAUUGUAUAUUCCGCUUUUAUUUGGCUGAAAUACUGUAGUACUUUUGCAAAAGUAUUUUUUAAGUUAACUGGAGUUUCUUCACAGAAGAAAACGCCUUUGUCCAAUGAUCAGUUGAUGAUCAGGAAUGAUAUAUGUCCUCUGGAAUACUGUCAAUCUUUGACACUAUGUUUUGUAUACACAUGGCAUUAUUUAACAUAGUUUUGACUUGAUAUCAAAUAUGCAAUACUCGUGUACAACAUGCUAUAUAUGAGGAGAAAUUGACUAAUGUAGUUGCAUUGUCUUUCCAGACCAGACACGACUCCCAGUGCUACACAACUUUAGGCCAAUCUUGUUGUCUUGACUGCUGCAACAAGCACCGGCAAGAUAGUGACCGAUGGGGCUCUGACAAGAAUAUUAUAUUGACAAAUGCACCGACUAAUAUAAGGAUAUAAUUUGGGGAUAAUUAUCUAUCUCUUCUCCAUUUUGUGAUAUGACAAGCAUUUACCUCCAGCAUUGUUAGUGCAAAUAAAUUUGUAAAGACACA